AUGAAUGCUAACGGUGAGAUUGCGUUCAGUGGAAUGCAACUCAGCCGACAAGGCUUCAGUGGUGCUCAAGUGCGCCAAGGAUUUGAUGCAACUCAAGCUCAAACUCCGCAAGCUGUGAAAACUGGAUAUUUUGAUACGUCAAAUGUCUUACGCGAUGCUAUCAAGGGAAAGGAUGAGAAUGGCAAUGAUGUCUAUCUUAUUCCAUGUCCUGCUGGUACGACAAAUGUUGAACUUCAAGCCAACUGGCACUAUGCUAGUGAAGAUGAAGAUUUGCCUGAUUUUGCUACUGAAGCAGAUCGAGUGGUUGCACAACCACCACCAUUUGUAAUGGCGAGCUCAUGCAUGGACUCUGUCAUGCUGAGAAGGAGCUUAAUAGUUCUCAACAAAGAAGAUUUUCUAGGAAGAUUUCCGCCUCCAGUCUAUUAUGAUGAAGACGGAAUUGCCAAUGUACUUGCUAUGCGCAAGAUGAUUGCUGCGGGAUACCGCUUUACUAUGGAUACUGAUGUUGACAAUGCCUUUGUUGUACAUUUGUAUGAUCAUGUCAUCAUGGACAGUGGUUGUACAAACACCACCAUUUGUAAUGGUGAGCUUAUGCAUGGACUCCGUCAUGCUGAGAAAGAACUUGACAUGCACACUAACGUGGGUAGCAGAGUUCUCGACAAAGAAGGUUUUCUAGGAAUAUUUCCACCUCCAGUUUAUCACGAUGAAGGUGGAAUUGCCAAUGCACUUGCUAUGCGCGAGAUGAUUGCUGCGGGAUACCGCAUUACUAUGGAUACUGAUGCUGACAAUGCUUUUAUUGUGCAUUGUGAUGGAAACCGAAAGAUGCAAUCUGUGAAUCAUAAGGGUGUGUAUGUGUUGGAGCAACUUGGAGCGAAUGUCAAAAGGCAAGUCAAGUCAACAAGACCAACUCCGAAGAAGAAGUACGACGACUUUUUCAGUCCACCAGAGGAAUUAUAUCAGCACAAUCGAUCUAUUACCGUCUGUAUUGAUCACACGGAGAUUGAGAAUGCUAAGUUUCUCACCUGCAUUGAUACCACUGUGCGUUAUCACUCAUGUAUUCCUGUGCAGAACCUGAAGACUGACCCUGUAUUUGAAGCAUUGGAUAAGAUAUUCCGCCGCUACAACAAGGCAGGCUUUCAAGUCAAGAUCAUCAAGUGUGAUCGGGCGUUCAUUCCUCUCACGGAUGAUAUGCUAGACAAUAUGGGUGUUAUUAUUGACCCGACUGCAGCUGGAGACCACGAGCCUAUUGCUGAGCAAAACAAUAGGACGCUGAAAGAAAGAGUCAGAGUUGCUCUGCCACGAUUACCCUACAAAGUGGUUCCAAAAGUGAUCACUGAAUGUCUUGGACGUCAAGCCGCCAAGCUAUUGAAUGUCUUUCCCGAGAAAGACAGUAUCUCAUCACAUUUCAGUCCGCAGCAACUCAUUGAUAAUGUCAAUAUCAACUACAAGAGUGACAUGGUUGCUGAGCUUGGACAAUAUGUUCAUGCAAUUGGGACGGAUUCCAACAAUUCAAUGGAACCCAGAAGUAUCGAAGUGAUUUACAUUGAACCUACAAAGGGACAACGUACUGGGCACCAAGUGCUCAACCUCAAUACUAAGAAGAUGAUUUCCCGACCCAAGGUCGUUGUACUACCCAGAGAUUUGGAGACAUUUCAAGAUGGGGAUCAAAUCGCAGGAGUGGAUGACACGGACCAAGGUUACUUAGAAGAAGCCUUUGAUCAGGAAUAUGAACCUGAAAAUGAAAAUGAACGUGAUUUCAAUCUACAUGGACAAUUCAAUGAUAUCGAUGACUCCAAAAGAGAAGAGCUCUUGGCAGAUGCAGACAAUGAUGUCGAUGACAUGCCAGAACUCACUGUCAGAUUCCAAGGAGAUGAUGACUAUGAAUCAGACGACAAUUUGGGUGAUGAAGGCGACGAAGAGGAAGAACCUAUUGUGGCCAAUUUCGAUCAACAUCAAGAAAAUGUCGAUAGAGGAACCCAUGAUAUUCGGAGCCUUGUUACUGAUCUGGAGGACCUACAAGAGCCGCCAGAAGAAGAGAUUGUAUUUGAGUCUGAAGAGCCUCAAGUAGCAAAAGUCACUCGAUCUGGGCAAACGUAUGUGCAAGCUAUAAUGUCAGGGCUGAACCUUUCUCAGGAUCCAAAGAAACCAAGAGAAUGGCCUUUGAGCAGGAGUGGCAGUUCUGCCAAUAAGAACAAGAAUCGAGUUGCGACAAGACGCAAGCAUUGA